CAGCUGCAGAAGCAAGAGAAGCAAUACUUCUGCUGGUUCGGAAGUAUCGCUGACUGAAUAUGUGAUCUAUUUUCAUUUUGUUUAUAUAAUCUUGUCUGUGUUAACCACUAGCGUGUACCUGAGACCCACAACUUUCAAUCACUGAGUGUCCGAGGCUCUUCAGCACUUGCCAUGCCAUCGCGCCGCGCCUCCCUCGCCCCGCAUCGACUGGAGAGCGUCGCCGCCAGCACAGACACCAACCCGCGCCGUCGUUCCAGCGUCAGACUCCAGUUUUCCCAGGUUGAACCUUAUCAAUCAGAGGACGAACAGCCCGUGGAGGAAGGAGAGGAGGAUGACGAAGAGGGAGAUGACGAGGAAGAUAUUUACCAGCUGGACUUGCCGUCUGCGGAGCUCUGUGUAGACUACUGGCAGAUUCACAAGAUGGUUAAGUACCUGAAAGUUGGCAACGCGACCUGCACCACCAUAGCGCUCGUCGGCCUCAAGGACUGCGGGCUGCACCAGGAGGUCUGCCAGCUGGCCCUCAAGAUGGUGGGAGGUCUGGAGGUGCUGCUCAACAUCCUGAGGACCUGCAACCUGAGAUGCAAUAUCGGAUCCCUUCAGGUGCUCCAGGCAGCCUGUGGCCACGCCUCGACGCGGUCUGCGGUGCACAGGCUCGGGGGGUUGCAGGUUCUUCAGGGGCUGGUGGGUCACAGCCACGUCGAAGUUCGCGGCUUAGCUGCGGCGGUGUUGGCGCAGGUGUGUGUGCUGCCCGCCGCGCGUGCUGCGCUCAUCAGGGACGACGGCAUCCCAAAGCUGGUGGCUCUCCUCCGCACGGAGCCCAACACCCUGGUAGUGGACCACCAGCAGGCAGCUGCCGUUGAGGGGGCGGCGCAGGCGCUGUGGGCGUGCACAGUCUCCAGGAGCGGGCGCCUGGCGCUGCUGCGGGCGGGCGGCCUGGAGUUAGUGGGGAGCCUCCUCUCCGUGUCCCGCCCGGGUCUUCUGGUUCCUGUUGUUGGCGUCAUUCACCAGUGCAUCACGGAGGCAGCGUUCCGUCAGCGUGUGGAGGAGGCGGGCUACACGUCUGCCCUUGUUCGGCUGCUCCACGCCUCCACCCCCAACCUUCAGGUGCUGGCCACGAAGGCGCUGGCGAGGUGCUCCGUGCUGGAGGCCACCAGUGCCCGGCUGGUGCGGGAGGGGGGCCUCCGCGUGCUGGUGACGCUCCUCUCGCGGGAAGCUCAGUCGUAUGUGGAUGCCCUGGUGGAAAAAGACCCUGCCUUUGCUCGGGAGACAGGCUUGCUGGGAGAUGCCCCGGGGCCGCCACGAUCCAGAAAGCAAUCAGUGAUGCCAGAUACGGGUAGUACUACGGGCGGCAGGGUGGGGUCAGGACAAGCACCAACUGCGGUUGCCUCAGAAGUGGAGUCAGCCGUUGGGGCAUCGAGUGCUGCAGAGGUCGAAAGCCAGAAGGAUCCAGAAAUUUCUGAUGCAAAGGUUGGGGACAGUGAACUGUUGGAGGCCGUGUCGGAGGCCAUCUGGCACGUGUGUCUCCUCCCGGAGCACGUGACGGCCGUCAAGGACCUGACCGCCGUGCCCGUGCUGGUGGCCCUGCUGCACCACAACGACGAAAAGUUAGCUGGGGACCCGGAGUGUUGCCUGGUGCUUCUCCGCGGCAGAGUCACCACCCUCAUACAGCUCCUUCGAAGAACGUCCGACAAACUUCUCCUCAACGUGACCCACGCCCUGGGGUCAUGCGCGGCGGACGAAGACGCGCUAAAUGCUCUUCUGAAACAAGACGGUUUGCGUCUCUUAUGGUCUCACCUGAAGAAUCCUAACUGCCGCAUCCAGGCCUCGGCAGCAAAUGCCAUCUGCACCUGUCUACAGCAGGAGAGUGAAGGCCUGGCCGAGGUGGUGAGAAGCCUCGUCGGGGGCAUAGAGCUGCUGGUGUCGCUGCUGGAGAGUGAGAGCGAGUCGGUUCUUUCGGCGGUGUGUGCAGCCAUCGCCAAGAUCGCCAGAGACCCUCAAAACCUUGCCAUCAUGACGGACUAUGGGGCUGUCACCUCACUCUCCCGCCUGGCUGUUCGGGAAAACGAUAGUCUACGACCCUUCCUUGCCGAGGCCAUCGCUGCCUGCUGCGUUUCUCGGGAGACUGGUCUGCUGUUUGGUCAGGCUGGGGCAGUAGCGCCGCUUGUGCAGUACCUCGAGACAGACGACAGCACCAUCAGGCGGCCCACCUGCCGGGCGCUGCACCGCCUCUCCCUGGAGCCGGAGAACUGUUGUCACUCUACACCAGAGGCGCUGUUCCGGUGA